AUGCAACAAUUCACAACAGCAGACGCUCCUCGCUUGGUGCAGGACAACUUCGAUGAUAUAAACCCCAAGGACUUCAUCGAGCAAGAACCCAAGUCUAAGCGCCCACGAACUGCUGAUAUCCUCCUUGAGGAGCAAUUACCACAGGGUCUUCUCAAGGCUGCCGAGGCUGCAGACCUUGCUGGAGACUUCUUCUCCGUCAAGCCUGAGUCAGACCAUGAGCAACUCCCUGAAGGUAUCGAGGAGACAGCAGAGGAGAAGCAAAAACACUGGUUCGUCGGUAGUGUAGACCAGGGCACCACAUCAACUCGCUUCCUCAUUUUCAACGGUCAUGGAGAGCCCAUUGUGAGCCACCAGAUUGAGUUUGAAAACCACUAUCCCAACUCUGGGUGGCACGAGCAUGACCCCAUGACACUCCUCGAGUCUGUAGAGACAUGCAUCGAGAAGGCAACAGAGAAGUUCUGCGAAAAGGGUCACCAUAUCGAGGAUAUCCGCUCCAUCGGUAUUACAAAUCAACGUGAGACUACUAUCCUCUGGGACAACAUUACUGGCGAGCCCCUUUACAACGCCGUUGUCUGGCCGGAUACUCGCACUUCUGCUCUCGUCCGUGAGCUCAAGAACAAGCCUGGUGCUGAGAAACUCCAAGAGACUUGUGGUCUCCCACUGUCUACCUACCCUUCAAGUGUUAAGCUGCUCUGGGUCCUGAAGAACGUUGAGUCAGUCAGAAAGGCUUACGAUGAGGGCCGUCUAUCGUUUGGCACCGUCGACUCUUGGCUCAUCUAUAAGCUCAACGGUGGACAAGACCGUGAGGGCGGACCCAUCUUUGUCACCGACGCCACCAACGCCAGCCGCACCAUGUUCAUGAACCUCAAGACCCUUCAGUACGAUGAUGAGCUCCUCAAGUUCUUCGAGGUCGACCGUACUAAGCUCAACCUGCCCAAGAUUGUGCCUUCCUCUGACCCCACUGCCUACGGAUCUCUCGCCCGUGGGCCUCUCAAGGGUGUCCCCAUCGCUGGCUGCUUAGGAGACCAGUCUGCAGCACUUGUCGGUCAAUGUGGAUUCAAGCCAGGCCAGGCCAAGAACACCUAUGGUACCGGCUGCUUCCUUCUCUACAAUGUUGGCAACGAGCCUGUCAUCUCCAAGACCGGACUCCUUGCUACUGUUGCAUAUGAUUUCGGAAAGGGUCGUAAGCCUGUUUACGCCCUUGAGGGCAGCAUCGCUGUCGCUGGCUCUGGUGUCAAGUUCCUCCAGAAUAACCUCGGCAUCAUCAACUCUUCCUCAGAGGUGGAUACUGUCGCCAAAAGCGUUCCUGACAACGGCGGCGUUACAUUCGUGACAGCUUUCAGUGGUCUCUUUGCCCCCUACUGGAUCGAUGACGCCAAGGGUACUCUCUUCGGUGUCACCCAACACACUAACAAGGGCCACAUUGUGCGAGCAACGCUUGAGGCUACUUGCCAUCAAACAGCCGCCAUUCUCGAUGCUAUGGCAUCUGACUCUGGCCACGCCCUUGACAUUCUGGCCGUCGAUGGCGGCCUCUCCAACUCGGACCUCUGCAUGCAGACCCAGGCCGACCUUAGUGGUGUGCCUGUCGACCGCCCCGCUAUGCGUGAGACUACUGCGCUCGGCGCCGCCAUUGCUGCGGGUCUCGCCACUGGUGUAUGGGACGAACUAGAGGAGUUGCACGAAGUCAACCGCAAGGGCCGCAAGAUCUUCUACCCCGAGACUGACAAGAAGACUGUGCGCCGAGCACGAAAGAGGUGGGAGCGAGCCGUCGAGAUGAGCCGAGGCUGGCUUCAGGAGGAUGAGGACGAGGAUGACGAAUAA